AUGUCUACCCCGACCACGAAAUAUAUCUCCAAGCUGCGCGACCAGCGCGUACUCAUUCUUGGAGGGACAUCCGGGAUCGGGUACGCCGUUGCCGAAGCCAGCAUCGAACACGGCGCCUCUGUCAUCCUCAGCGGCAGCAACUCCACCAAACUUACAAACGCUCUCGAGCGCCUACGCACAAGUUAUCCCUCCGCCUCCGCCAGUGGGUACACAUGCGACCUCUCCGACGCGGAAACAUUGGAAGGCAACGUUGCGGCUCUCCUGGCCGCAGCCACCGACUCUGGCACCACCAAGCUCAACCACAUCAUCUUCACCGCCGGGGACGCCAUCAACCUCGUGAAUGUGCGCGACGCCACUGUCCCGGCUGUUCUACGCAUGGCCAACGUGCGCUUCCUCGGGCCGUUGAUGAUUUCGAAGCUUGCACCGCCAUAUAUGGUUCCCGGCCCCGGGAGCAGUCUUACCUUCACUGCUGGCGUCAACUACAAGCGCCCUGGCCCUCAGUGGGGGAUUGCGGCGGCGUGGAUCGCAGGCCUUGAGGGCUUGGUGCGCGGUAUGACAGUCGAUUUGAAGCCCUUGCGGAUCAACAUGGUGUCACCGGGGGCGAUCAAAACAGAGAUGUGGGAUAGGAUGCCGAUGCCAGAGGAGCACCGGCAGAAGUUGUUUGAGAUGACUGCUGCAGCGACGACGGUGGGAAGGAUGGGAAGACCGGAGGAUGUGGCGGAGGCGUAUAUCUAUUUGAUGAAGGAUCAGUUCGCAACGGGAAGUGUCGUUGAUUCUGAAGGUGGAAGACUGCUAUGCUAG